GGUACCCCCAGCGCACGUUAGCACGAGACACCCAGGAUCUUUAUAACAUAAGCAAAAACCAAGCAGACCUCAUGCUUUCAUAUAUACUUGUUCAUAUUUACCCAAAAAGGAAAAUUAUUUUUCAUUUUUAAAAAUUAAAAAUUAAAAUCCAGUAAAAGCAUCUCACCUCCGUCAACCACUCUCUUCCCGUCUCCGAUCACUCGGUAACAGCCUUGGGGGGCAUAGGCCAAGAAGAAGUGAUCAGGUAGCAUGGAUGAGGAAUUUUUUAGACCGAAUGGGAAGGGAAUAGCACCUCCAUCUUUGGUUGAUCUGUGCAUUCAUGUGGCGAUAGAUAAUAUAAGGUACCUAGGGGAUGUUGGUGAAACGGAUUUUGAUUUUCUUGAGCAAAUCUUGCCACAUAGUACAAAAGACCAGUUGAUGCAUAUCGAGAAGAGUACGAAAGGUAGGGAUUUGAGUCCAGUAACUGAUAAGUUGUGGAGGAAGUUCUAUGAGAAGGACUUUGGUAUUGAGAGGACUAAUCUGGUGAUUGAAAGGAUGAAGAAGAAGAAAGUCAAUUUCAGAUGGUUACAAUUGUAUCAGGCCAAAUUGAGGGAAGUGGAUGAGGCUGAAAAUGAAGCAGCUGACCGGUUGAAGAAUUCAUAUAAAAAAGAAGUUGCACGGAAACAAAGUCGGCAAGUUCGUAUCUGUGAAAAGGUCCCACCAUCGAGCAAUAAAAGAAGUUGGGGUGGAGGAGGAAACUAUAAUGUUUCUAAUACAAAGAGCAACUUGCUGAAGAAAGCAAAAUUAGACUAUCUUAAAAGUCCUGAGGUGAGAAAUGCUGCAGUUAUGAGGAGAACUGCGAUCCAGAGGAGUGCCCCUCCCAUGAAGAAGUCAAACGGGUUUUCUGGGAACCAACUGGGUUCCUCUUCUAAUCAGAGGAACAUUGUCAAACCAAAUGCUCAGUUGACCUCUGCAGCACAUCGUUGAUUGAAGCAUCCAUUUCCAGAAAAUCUUGGUGGUGGCUUCAAAUUCUCGGCCUUGGGGACAUUCUGGCUGCCCACAGUUUUACUAUUUCUCCUUUUCAAUAAUGAUCAUUUUUGUUCAUUUUUUUCUUUUUCACUGGGUCAUCCUCCUUGUGUGGUUUUGUCUCACAGCAGUAUCAGUAACAAUGUUAAGCUCUUCAUAUUUAUGUUCAAAUUUCAGC